AAAAUAUUGCGAAAACCAUUACACAAAAGAUUUUAUAAUUGUUGAAAUCAGUUGGAGUUAGGUCUUAGCAACGACAUGAGUAUUUGGCUGAUUUUCAGUCUGUUCUGUGUGGCUGCUAACUGCGCCACUGCAGGAUUAGCUAAUGACACGAAAAUUGUUCCUUCGAGGCUUCGACCUCUGUACACCUCAAGGAUAUCCAAUGGAAUAGCAGCCACUGCAGAUCAGUUUCCUUUCUACGUUUACAUGAUGUCGCAGGGGGUAGGGCAAUCAUCAUCAUGUGGUGGGUCGGUGAUCUCACCACUAUGGGUCCUGACGGCAGCUCACUGCACCUAUAACUAUCUAUCGGUGGAUAUGUACUUUGGAUCGACUGACGUCUAUGAGAUGACUGAAAUUAUAACUUCAACCUACUGGCAUGAACACGAGCAGUACAACCCAAGCAACUACAACAACGAUAUCUCGGUUAUUCAACUGCCUCAACCCCUGGCAUAUACACCCUCAAUUCAACCAAUAUCCUUGCUCACCUCUUCGGAAGCCGAAAACAGUUUCGACGGGCAAGCAGCAAUCGUCAUGGGAUUUGGAUACAUGUCCGACUCAGACCCAACUGAAUCCCCAGACUUAUUGUACACUAACGUGAUAGUAAUCGCGAACUCCUUGUGUACAAGUUACUAUGGAUCGAGUAUUGUAUCUGCAGGAACAAUGUGCGCGAAAGGAGCAUCUUCGAGUACCCAGAGUAUUUGCAGCGGAGAUUCAGGUGGUCCAAUGGUCAUCUCAGACGGAUCAGGAGGAUACACACAAAUUGGUAUUAACUCUUUUGUGUCGACUACAGGAUGUACGGUGGGAAUGCCAUCAGGAUAUGUUCGCCUGGGAUCAUAUCUAGAUUGGGUAUCUAAAUGGACUGGUAUAGCGUUACCGUGAAAUAUAUCUUUUGUAAUUUAAUCAAGA